CUAUGUGAAAAAGAAAAGUUUUUAAGAACCACGGUCCAUUCCCAUUCCCAUUCCCAUUACCAUUACCAACACGCAAACGACAACCUCACCAAUCUUCCCAACAACGAUAGAUUAGAUUAAGGUUCCAAGGUUUCGCUCACAACCAUGAGAGCCCACGGCGCAGUGGAGGUGGCGAAGACGGUCAUAGAGGUUGCCGACGUGGCCUGGAUGGCCUUGGAAAAAACCCACCACCACCAACACGAACACGAACACCAGGAACAGAACACCGCAACUCCAGACGAAGAAUUGGAGUCUCUGCGAUCGGAGAAUCGGCGUCUCAAGAACUUGCUGGAGCAGAAUCUCAAGCUCCUUCAGAACCUCUCUGAAUCCCCUUCUUUAUCACAUGAUUGCCCUCCAGAUUUGUAUGCUCGGCUUGUAGCAACUGUGGAUUCUGAACACUUCUUGGCUCGCCUCAAAUCCCUUCAGCAAGCAUCGGUCAAUGGAAUUAGCUAUGAGUUUCCUUUCAAGGAGGCCACAGAUGCUGAUAUGCGUUCAGCUGAAAUUUUAAUCAAAGUUGACGGUGAAGAACCCAGUUGGUGGGUAUGGGUCACAGAUGAAAUGGUCCCAAGCAAUGUUGAGGAAUGGAGUGGAAUUGAUGAUGAAAAAUAUGUAGUUGUUAGUGAGGAGCACGUGGUGGAUGGGGUUGCCAACUUUAUGGCUAGGUGCAUUAUGUCAAACCCAAAAGCUCAGAAUUUGACACCAGAAGAGUUGCAAAAAACUGUUGCAAAGGCGGUAGGUGGUGUCAGCAAACUGGAGAAGGUUUUAGGCAUUUGGCAUGCUGGGACUCUGUUUUAUACCCUGUCCACCUGGGGACUUGCUCUAGCAGGGUUAUAUAAGACUCGUGCUGUGUUCAAACUUGCCGCACUGGGCGUUCACACAACCAGCAAAUUGGUUAUGAGGGCUCUCUAAAUAUGGCUAUUCCAUAGCUGUGAACUAUAUGAUUGCAAUUGGACAUAUUAAUGCUGGCCUCUUGCGCGUGUACAGAAAAAUCAACUUUAUGAUUCAACACUUCCUGUCAACCGUGGUUAUUUUGUUUGUACAUAAUUGUGAAUAGCAUUUGCCUUUGAAACCGGUGUACUCCUUCAACGACUUGCUGUUUCAAUUGAUCUCUAGCGCAACACACACCCCCCCCCCCCCCCCUCCCCCAAAAAAAAAUUGCCAUCAAGGUAUUGACUUCCAUAAAAAUUCAUUAUGUCUGUUAUUUAUUUCUUUCUAGCAACAUUGCAACGUGCCAAGAGUUAUUCUAAUGUGAUUUCUUGUAUUUGUGAA